ACAGAUGCCGGGACGAGUGCCGUUUCAACGCCGUGUGCGUGAUCCGCCGGGGCCUCGCCCGCUGCUCCUGCGAACGAGUCAUCUGCGAUGGCGCCUACCAGCCCCUCUGCGGCAGGGACAGCCGGACCUACUACAACGACUGCGAGCGCCAGAAGGCGGAGUGCCAGCAGAAAGCCGCCAUUCCAGUCAAGCACCGCGGACCUUGUGAUCUUGGCAAGCCGAGUCCCUGUUUGAGCGUCGAGUGCCAAUUCGGGGCCACCUGCGUGGUGAAGAACCAGGAGGCGGUUUGCGAGUGCCAGCAAGUGUGCCACAGCAUCUACGAUCCAGUCUGCGGCAGCGACAACCUCACCUACAGCAACCCUUGCGAGUUGGAUGCCAUGGCGUGCGCCCUCCGGAAGGAGAUCCGCGUGAAACACAAGGGCCCCUGUGAAGCGUGUGGGGCCACAGUGUGUUCCUUCGGGGCAAAGUGUGUGGACGGGCAGUGCCUCUGCCCCCGUUGUGAGCAGCAGCCCUUGUCCCGCGUCUGUGGCAGCAAUGGCAUCACGUACAACAACGAGUGCGAACUGCGCCUGGCGGCUUGCCAGCAGAAGGAAGAAGUGGAGGUCGAGAAGAGGGGCCCGUGCGAAGACGAGUGCGGCUCGGGUGAUGGGUCUGGUUCCGGAGAUGCCAUCGAGUGCGAGAGAGACAGCUGCCGGAAGUACGGCGGUUCUUGGGACGAGGAUGUGGAAGAUGACCGCUGCGUGUGUGACUAUACCUGUGGGACCGUGCCACAGAACUUGGAGUCCCCACGCUUCCGUCUUCCUUGCCAGAACUCCUUCACUGUAGCAAAACCGUUUACGGCUGCUGCCCAGACAACGUGACUUUGGCGCUUGGAGUGGGGUCAGCUGGAUGCCCCAGCACUUGCCACUGUAACCCCUAUGGCUCCUACGGAGGGAGCUGCGAUCCCAGCACAGGCCAGUGCUCCUGCAAACCCGGGGUCGGGGGAUUGAAAUGUGACCGCUGCGAACCCGGGUUCUGGAACUUCCGUGGCAUCGUCACGGACAACAAGAGCGGCUGCACCCGUGAGUACCUCUGGUUGCCACCUGGGUGGGAAAACGCUGGGGGUGGUAAAGCCUGUUUCAUCUGUCCCGUUCAGGGUAGGAGACGAGCAGGCAGAGUGGGAGGUGGUGGAGUUAAGCGGGUAUCUAGCCUGGAAUCUUUAAAUUGUCACAAACGUCUCAGUCCAAUUUCUCUUGAACUCCAUUGCUCUAGUGCCACGUAUGGGCUGAGCAAUAAGUCUUAUCGACAACUUAACAGGGGCGCGACGGGUCAGUGGCUGAGACGCUGA